AUGGGACACGAAACAAGGCCCCUCCCUGUCUACGCAUACAACCAACACAAGAACCGGAAACCAGCUAGCUCCACGCAAGCUCAUGAACUCGAAACAACUAGGUGGCAAAACUUCAUUGGCAAUGCAGACGUGAUUGGUAUUGGAAUGAUCUCGAACUGGGCGCGGGAGCGGGUAAUCCGUGCGUCGGAAGGUUUAGCUGUCACUUUAUGUUCUGGGCCCGGCGCGACUUGGAAAGAACCGGAGAGAAACCGGUUUGUUCGAGGUUCGAUUGUUGGGUUGCGCUGGGGUUUGGGUCUGGGGCCCGCUACGAUGGGGAUUGAGGGACCAGGGAUAGAUAGAAGAUGGUACUUUGGUAGUGGUAUGGGGCGGAUGGGAGGGGAUGUGUAUAUGGAAACAGAUCGAUGCCUUUGUAUUCCGUCCGAACAACUUCGCUCCAUCAUCGUGGUAAGAUUACAGGUUGAACCCAGUGAUAGCGACAUAUCUCACACCGACCAAUCUUUCAAUGCAUUCAUGCGAAUUUCAAAUGACGCUCCAUGUAACCCUGACACUUGUAGUAAUAAAAACACAGACAAUGAAUAUGGAAAUGGAAAUGGAACAGAAAAACAGGGGCUAGAUGACAAAAGAGAGUAUGUACUUCAGCUUGUAGCACAGGUCCCUGUGCUUCGAUAUACACGGAGGUCGACAAUCAGGGAAAAGAAUCGAUGGAAUCUGAGAAGAGCCACGCCUGAUGACGUGGUUUUGCGUAGUAAGUUUUGUUGUAGCCGCCAGGCGGCUGUGUUUUUCCACCUCCGAAAGGCGAAUGAAUGGGGGUCCGUUGUUUAA